AUGUGUGGGUUCUUCUUUGUCCUGGUGACAUGUAUGAUGUGUGCUUCUGCUUUCAGACUCCAGCAAGUCAAAAGCACAGAAAAUUGCUCAGACCACACGGUGUUUUUCAAACACUACUAUGAACUGCACGGAGAACCUGUGGUUCUGAAAUGCCCUUCACCCAGAUACAAACAUCUGGAUUUUUCUGCCUUGACCCCUAAUAUCACAUGGUACAAAAAUGGCUCAAAAACCAUGAUAUCAGAAAGAGAUGAAGAUUCAAGAAUCUGGGCAAAAGGAGACGCACUCUGGUUCUUACCAGCAGUGCUAGAAGACUCAGGAGUAUAUGUCUGCACCAGAAGGAACUCCACCUACUGUGCUGAGGUCUCCAUCCACCUCACCGUCGUGGAGAAAACAUCUGCUCAGGAGAUUGCCUAUCUCCAGGUCCUCGUCACUUUCACCUCUGGAAAGAUCGUUUGCCCUGACCUAUGGGAUUUUACUCCAAAUAGGACAAGCUUGGAGCUCAAGUGGUACAAGGAUGCUGUGCCUGUGGAAGAUGACAAUAAAAAAUUCAUAGUUCUGAAAGGUUCGACUUCUCUGAUCAUGACUCCUGUACUACCAGCAGAUGCCGGCUAUUACACCUGCAAGAUGUCUUUUCCAUUUGAAGGUGUAACAUAUGAAAUCACCAGAACAAUUCACCUGGAGACUGUUGAACAAGAAAAGAGAAUUACCCCAAUAAUUGUAUAUCCAACACAGAAGACAACAUCAGCUGCCCUUGGCUCCAAGAUGACUCUCCCAUGCAAAGUGUUUGUUGGACUGAGCAGCCAUGCCCAUACUGAUGUGGAGUGGCAAGCAAACGACACUGCCAUUGACAGGGUUUACAAGCAAAGCAGAGUCAGAGAGGGAGAAAGACAAGAAAUUGUUGAAAAUGGUGAAAACUUCAUUGAAGUUCCACUGGUUUUUGAGUCUGUCAAAGAAGUGGAUUUUUACACAGAUUUUACAUGUCUGGCUCAAAACAUAUAUGGCUACCAAGUACUGCCAACAAGGGUCAAGCAGGAAGCUGCUAGCCUGUCCUGGUACGUUGCAAUGAUUCCUGUUGCACUGGCCUGCGUGAUUGUGGCAGGGAUUUACAUACACAUGUGUUGGAGGAGGAGAGCCGAGAAAGGAUACACUGCAGCGAGGGUUUAA